CUGCUUCUUCCUUAGAGGAUUUUAUUCCCUGAACAACUCAGCACUUGUAGCUUCUGCCUAUUCUGAUUACAGCAUGGGUGUAGACUCGUGCAGUUGUGGAUAAUAUUGUGGCCACUCCCCAUCGACCGGUCUGUCCAAUGAGGGUCCUUUCUGCAGGCUGCCAUUUGCAGUUUCAAUAGUACCAUAGUGUUGCCUGGCAACCAGAACUGGCACAUUUCGGGGUGGAUCUAUGUAGAUGGCAGCAGCUGUAAUUCACUUCAGAAGAGAGUGAGAGAGAGAGAGAACGUGAAGGUACAGAAUUUGAGGGAGAAGAGAGUUUAAUGUCAGAGAGGAGGAAAAGGGGGAGAGUAACGGGGUCAGACACAGGGAGGGAGUGAUAGAGGUAGAGGAGUCACCAUCUCUUGCGUUCAUCGAGAAAGUUUGCUUCUGCGACCAAAGAGGAGGAGGAGAGGGAGGAGAAAAAAGAGGCCCAUUGCUAAGCCUGAUUGAGACAGUGUCUAUCAGAGCAGAGAGACAUGUGUGAUGUAUGAAGGAUUAGUCCUCAGUGCUUCUGUACUCCCACAGACUCCAGUAUCUUCUGGAGCGGUGGAUCUAUAGCCAUGCCUCCCCACAGACUCCCAGCCUGACACGCGCUCUGGAGGGACGGGAACAGAGGACAGCCUGAGUGACCUGGAUACGAGCUGAGCAGAGUUGAUGCAGUCUACAGUGUACAAGUUAUUUUAAGUAGAUCCUGACUUCAACUUGGUCUGAGUUGAUCAAAACAGAUCCAAAUAGAUGUUGGUCUGGAUACUGAUCUAAGACUGGUUUAGAUGCACCUGGUUCUCAUCUGGUUUGGUGUUUGUUGAGACACACGUCCAGAACGGUUUUAACCUGGGGAGUUCCAUAGAAGCGCUGUAGUGCUCCAGAGAAGUUUACCGGAUCUGGAUUCACACAUUGAACACCUGGGCAAUGUUCAAUACCUGUGGUGCCAUGAUGUUUACUGGAUCUGCUAACAUGAACAUACCACACCUGGCACCAUGGACUAACCAGCGCUGUCUCCUUAUCGUGGCCCCCUGUUGAUCUUCUGGAGCAGAAGGAGCAGAAAAAUGUGGAAAUUUAAGGCAUUCUGUAUGGAUUAUUGGCAUGUGUUGUGUCUACAUCCUCACAAUACGUUUCAUAAGAGUGUGGAGGGGGAUGCACGGCCCAGUGAGAGCGACGGUGGAGCCAGCUACAGGGGCCCAGUGAUCAGCCCAGACCGCUUCGAGGGCCCCCUCUACGGCCACGGAGUGCAGCCCGGCCCCCAGCGGCCCCCCCGCAGGCCCAAGCUCCAGCACUCCCAGUCCAUCCUCCGCAAGCAGGCCGAGGAAGAGGCCAUCAAACGCUCCCGCUCACACUCAGAGGGCUAUGAGCUGUCGGCUGACCUCCAGGACAAACAGGUGGAGAUGCUGGAGCGUAAAUAUGGAGGACGCUUCAUAACCCGGCAUGCGGCCCGAACCAUCCAAACAGCCUUCCGUCAGUACCAGAUGAACAAAAACUUUGAACGUCUCAGGAGUUGUAUGUCUGAGAACCGCAUGUCCCGACGCAUCGUCUUGUCCAAUAUGAGGAUGCAGUUCUCCUUCGAGGGCCCUGAGAAAGUCCACAGCUCCUACUUUGAGGGGAAACAAGUGUCCCUGACAGACGACGGCACCCCCCUGGCCUUGGUACAGUCCGAGUGUGGGGACCUGGAGGUCCACCACCAGGCCAACAUGGCGUCUCACCCGGCCUCCCAGAACCACCUAACGGAUGCCAUCACAGAGCUGGAGGACGCCUUCUCCAGGCAGGUCAAGUCUCUGGCCGAGUCCAUCGACGACGCCUUGAACUGCCGCAGCCUGCAGGGCGACGAGGGUCAUGACCCAGAGGGCUGCCCCGAGGUGGAGAGGGAGGUGGCCUAUCAGGUGAAGCCUCACCGCGGGGCGACGGGACGCAAGCGAGAGGACAUGAUGGCAUCCUACAGCGAUGUGACUCUGUUUAUUGACGAGGAGGAACUGUCUCCCUCCAUGGGGCUGUCGCGGGGGUCUGGUGACCAGCCCUCCAGCAUUGAGUCAGACCUCCGCCUGCGCUCGGCCAACUCCUCCCAGGACUACUGGCCACUGGACCCCAAGGAUGAGGAGCGUGACACGGACACCAGCUGUCGCAGCACUCCCUCCCUGGAGUGUCAGGAACAGAGGCUCCACCUCCCCCUGCUGACCAUCGAGCCGCCCAGCGACAGCUCCGCCGAACACAGCGACCGCUCUGACCGCAGCUCCAUCAAACGUCCUCCUGUCUACGAGUCUCACGGGGGAGGGCACAUCGUGGCAUCCUCCCAGGCCAGCCCCAAACACAUCUCUCAUGGCCCGCCCCCACGAGGGCCCUCCCGGGACGACGAGGCUCCCCUUCGUCACCGCCACAGGGCGCUGGAGAGCCACCUGGCCAUCAACGGCUCGGCCAACCGGCAGAGCAAGUCUGAGUCUGACUUUUCGGAUGGGGACAACGACAGCAUCAACAGCACGUCUAACUCCAACGACACCAUCAACUGCAGCUCUGAGUCGUCGUCCCGGGACAGCCUGAGGGAACAGACACUCAGCAAGCAGACGUACCACAAAGAGACACGCAACAGCUGGGACUCACCGGUCUUCAGCAACGAUGUGAUCCGCAAGAGGCACUAUCGCAUCGGCCUGAACCUCUUCAACAAGAAGCCAGAAAAGGGUGUCCAGUACCUGACUGAGAGAGGGUUCGUCCCAGACACGCCUGUGGGUGUGGCUCACUUCCUGCUUCAGAGAAAGGGCCUGAGCAGGCAGAUGAUUGGAGAGUUCCUGGGCAACCGGCAGAAACAGUUCAACAGAGACGUCCUGGACUGUGUGGUAGAUGAGAUGGAUUUCUCGUCGAUGGAGCUUGACGAGGCACUGAGGAAGUUCCAGAAUCACAUACGGGUCCAGGGAGAGGCCCAGAAGGUGGAGCGCCUCAUUGAAGCCUACAGUCAGCGCUACUGUAUCUGUAACCCCACGGUGGUGCGCCAGUUCCGGAACCCUGACACCAUCUUCAUCCUGGCUUUCGCCAUCAUCCUCCUCAACACGGAUAUGUACAGCCCCAACGUCAAGCCAGAGAGGAAGAUGAAGCUGGAGGACUUCGUUAAGAAUCUCAGAGGGGUGGACGAUGGGGAGGACAUCCCCAGGGAGACUCUGGUAGGAAUCUAUGAGAGGAUCAGGAAGAGGGAGCUGAAGACCAACGAGGACCAUGUGUCUCAAGUCCAGAAGGUGGAGAAACUCAUAGUGGGAAACAAAAAACCGAUUGGAUCUCUCCACCACGGUCUAGGAUGUGUCCUGUCCCUGCCCCAUCGCAGGCUGGUCUGCUACUGCCGGCUGUUUGAAGUGCCGGACCCCAACAAGCUCCAGAAGCUGGGCCUGCACCAGCGGGAGAUCUUCCUGUUUAAUGAUCUUCUGGUGGUGACAAAGAUUUUCCAGAAGAAGAAGAACUCUGUGACAUACAGCUUCAGGCAGUCUUUCUCUCUGUAUGGGAUGCAGGUUCUGAUGUUUGAGAACCAGCAUUACGGGAAUGGAAUCAAGCUUACAUCAGCCAUACCAGGUGCCGACAUCAAAGUCCUCAUCAACUUUAACGCGCCCAACCCCCAGGACCGCAAGAAGUUUACUGACGACCUGCGAGAGUCCAUCGCCGAGGUCCAGGAAAUGGAGAAAUACAGGAUAGAGUCUGAGCUGGAGAAGCAGAAAGGGGUGGUGAGGCCCAGUAUGUCCCAGAGCUCUGGGCUGAAGAAGGAGGCUGGCAACGGCAACAUGAACCGUGCCAGUCUGGACGACACCUACACCAUGGGCGAGGGCCUGAAGAGGAGCGCCCUCAGCAGCUCCCUCCGCGACCUCUCCGAAGCAGGCAAGCGUGGGCGCCGCAGCAGUGCAGGAUCACUAGACAGCAAUAUGGAAGGGUCCAUCAUUAGCAGCCCCCACACACGCCGGAGAGCCACAACCCCCCGAAGUGAGGGCCCGCCUCGGGGCCACCCCACCAUCCCCAACUCCUCCUCCCUCCUCGGGUCGCUCUUCGGCAGCAAGCGGGCAAAGCCUUCAUCCCAGAGCCAUCCUCCUCUUCCUCCACCCGGUCACCCCACCCUCAUCUCCCACACGCCCCAUCCGUCCAACCUCCACCACACAGCCCAGCAGGUAGCCCAGGCCCAGCUCCACCACUCCCAGUACUGCCAGCAGAACCCCCCUCCCUACCACCACCAGCACCACUACCACCCCCCGCCCCACACACAGUACCACCAGCACCCGGCAGCAUACGCAUCCUCCUCCCACUCACACCAACACCCGCUUGUACCACAGCACAGUCACAGCACCCACGGCCAUCAUGCCUCACACUCCCAGCAUGCCCUUCACCACCACAGUCAGCAGCAGAGCCCGGCACCCGGCGGGUCCAAACCCAAGCACAGUGGCAUCAGCACCGUGGUGUGACGAGAGAGAGAGAGAGAGAGAGAGAGAGAGAGAGAGAGAGAGAGAGAGAGAGAGAGAGAG